GCCUCUACACCAUUCAUUCCACACUUCAGAGAUUUUCACACAUACUAAUCUAUAUAUAUAUGUUCAUGCAUGUCAUCCAAAUACGAACCAAAUCCUCACAUCCUCUGAUAUCAAAUCCUUAAUUUCUUCACCCUUUUUCUUUGUGAUCUUCAUCAUCUUUCUCGGCAAUAUAAUAUAGAUAGAUUAUCAUGACCAUUCGUUUGCCCGGUAUUAUGCAUGCUAAGCACAUUCUCCGACGCUCAAACUCAUUUGGAAAGCAAGUAGCUUCAACAUCUAUUGAUGUUCCAAAAGGCUACAUUGCAGUUUAUGUUGGAGAGAGCGAAAAGAGGCGCUUUGUAAUUCCUAUAUCAUUCUUGAACCAGCCUUCAUUUCUAGAAUUGCUAAGUAAGGCUGAGGAAGAAUUUGGAUAUGAUCAUCCAAUGGGUGGUCUUACAAUUCCCUGCAGUGAAGACAUCUUCAUUGAUCUCACUUCUCGCUUACAUGAAUUGUAAUAUGGUGCCACUAAGAUAAAACAGUAGCAACAAUUUUGUAUAUCUAUGUAAAUUCUUUCUUUCUUUAGGCAUAAGUAGAGAUGGUGAUUGUUCUUCCAGUAAAGAUGUUAUAAGUAGAAAUACUGUAGUCCUUCUCACAUUCUCCUGAGAAAUAUAAAAUCGAGUCAACUUUUUGUUGA